AUCCUCUAAGCUAAGUGAACAUUUACAGGUUUGCCACAAGGGGGCGCACAAGCAAACAAAACAUAAAAAUUGGUUAACUUUGUUUAGUACAUCCGGGUCAUAGUGUGUACUUCAUGUUAGCUAGCCUCUUGGACUGUAGCCUUUGGUACUAUUUGGUCUUAUUUCUACGCAGAAGAUUAGUGUUUCUGUACUUUUCUUCUUGCAUCUAACCUGUUCCUGAUCAUGAACAGGUCAGUGCUUCUGCACAGGUUAACCUCCCGCGUCCUGUCCUGUACCAGAGGAUCAUGUCUGCUCACGGGUUGGAUACCUUGUGGGGUGCAGCCUCAUUCACCGGGUCACACACUCAUCCAGCAGAGUUCCACUGGACCUCUUAUACCUAAUUUCACAGCCUUUGUGAGGUACUCAGACUUGUCCACAAAGAAGUACACUAUGAUUUACACUCUGCCAUACAUUAAAGCCCUCAGAGCUGUGUCCAGGAUCAAACUGCUCCAAACUGCCAUCACAGUGGUCGUCUUGCCCCCAGUGUUCUUUCUCUACCUCCAAGGAGACGUCCCCUUCUUUCUUGUCAGCUACACGACAGGAAUAGCACUGUUCGCUGGUGUCAUGCUGUACACUGCCAGUCACUUCUUCAGAAGGGUUGUGGGGAUGAUGUACCUAGACCAGUCCCAGACCAUACUCAAAGUAUCACACCUCACCUUCUGGGGUAGGCGCCAUGACAUCUACCUGCCUGUGUCAGAUGUUAUGACCAUCGCGGAUACAGGGGACUCCGCAAACGAGGUGAUAAUGAAACUACAGAGAUACAGCAGUCCACAGACAAUGUAUUUCUCCACACAUUUUGGACGGGUGGUGGACAAACAGGGUUUUCAGAAGGUGUUUGGAAGUUUAAAUUAAUUUGUUUAAAAGUAUGGAUUGGACUUUAAAGGUAAAUACCGCUGCUUACUGGGGAGUGUACACACUGUGCUUGUUAAGUCAAAGAAAGCAAUUUUGGCUUCAUUUUCCCUUGUGGGGCAGAUAGUUUAUCUGUCCAAUAAAUAUGAUACAUCCAUA